AUGUAUGUGAAAUGGUUUGAUACAGUAAUGUUUUACUAUGUUAUUUUAGUGAAUUUAGUGAAUGUCACUUUUUGUAAUUUUCAAAUUUCCCGCCGCUCCGUCCCCGUACGUUCUGACGUCGCAGGGGACGGAACCCAGAAGACAGAUGCUGGCAUCCGCCGGAGGACAUUACAGGGGACACUGCAGGAGGGACAUUGCGGGAGCGCAGGACAAGGUAAGAGAAGAACAGAUCCCAGAGCAGCGUCGCAUGGUAAGCCUGAGUGUAGCUCGGGGUUACCGCUUGUGUUACACUCGGGAAUACCGCCAGGGAGGCUA